AUGUCGCCUCGUUCAUCAACAUUAUUACAAUCAAUGUCACAAAAUCAAUCAGAUAUAUUUUCAACUUCAAUUAUAGUUCAAGAAUUAAUGUUUAAUAGGACACUAACAAUGGUAUCAUCAGAUAUGAACGAUAAUCCUCAAUUUGAUGAUAUCAAUAAUAAUAGUUCACUUGUUCGCUAUAGAUUACUUUAUCGUAAUUAUCAUGGUUUUAUAUCGAGUGCUGUAUGUAUAUUUGGUUUAACAUGUAAUUUAUUUAAUAUUAUUGUUUUGACUCGUCCAUUGAUGCGUUCAUCAACAAAUACUAUUUUAACAUCAUUAGCUUUAUCAGAUUUACUUAAAAUGUUAUUUGUUUUACCAGCAGCUAUUCUUUUUUAUUGUUUACCAAAAGAUGACGCUAAAAGUGAACCUGAUCCAACAUCAUAUUUUCAAGUUAAAUUUUAUAUGAUACAAAUGUUAUUUACAUUAACAUUACAUUGUAUUAGUACAUGGUUAACUGUAUAUCUUGCUGCUUUUCGUUAUGUAUUUCUCAGUUGUAAAAGUUUAACUGUUUAUGUAUUAUCACCAGAUCGUGCCUUUAUUGGUGUUAUUAUUGUUGCUAUAUUAGCGACUAUUCUUUGUAUUCCAUCUUAUGUGCUACAGCAUAUUGUUGAAGGCUAUUUUAAUGACACACAAUCAACAUCCAAUAAUUCCUUAAUACUCGCUUAUCGUUUUGAAGAAACAUCAUUUAGUAAAUCAAUAUCAUUACGUGAUACUGUAUUUGUAUUACAUGGUGUUAUAUUUAAAUUAAUUCCAUGUAUAUUUUUACUAUUAUUUAGUUUUUUAUUAAUACAACAAUUACGUAAUGCAUUAGAAAAAUCACAAUUAUUAGAAAGACAUUCAAUAAUAAAAACAACGAAGUCAAAAAAUCAUCGUGGACGUUUACGUAGUCGAAAACGUGAAAAAGAAAAUCGUCGUACAACAUUAAUGUUAGUUAUUGUUUGUGUUUUAUUUCUUAUUACAGAAUUACCACAAGGUGCAAUAUUAUUAUUAACAUUUUUAUCAAAAAAUAAUUCAACAAAAUAUUUUCAAAUCUAUCAACAUCUCGGUGAUACGUUUGAUAUAUUAGCUUUAAUAAACAAUUCAGUUAAUUUUAUUCUUUAUUGUUUAAUGUCACAAGCAUUUCGUGACACAUUUAAACAAACAUUUUGUUGCUGUCAAAAACUUCAAUUUCAUCAAUCAGCAAUAGUAUUUUCAAAACUAAAAAUAAAAAAACGUGGUCAAAAAACUUUAAAUCAAUCUGUAACAUUUGAAAUUAUUUCAACAUAUAAAAGUUCUCCAAAUGGUCAUAAGCAUUUAACACCGAUUGUCAAAUCUUUAUCUGAUAAUGAAAAUAGAAAUCUGAAACAAACUUCAAAUAUCGUACAAUUUUUUAAUCAUACUAAAUCAGCUUCAUUGUAA